AUGAACGGCAUCAUCGAGUACGAUCAAAAACUAAAAUCACUUCCAAGAUUUAUGGUGAUUCAUCAGCAUUCACCAAGGAAAAAUUAUUGGAAUUCAAUUUUCAUUCUUACAAUAUUUUUUUAUAUUGCUGAGACAUUUGCCUAUGUUAUUUUAUGGCCACCAAAGACUAUGAACUUCAUUGUUAUCAAAUUGUAUUUUUUUCGGAUAGAAUCUAUAGUGGAUGUUGCAGUUAUUUUUUUGACACAUUUUUUCCUGCAACAAUUAGAGUAUAGAUUUCAGACGUUGAAUGAUUCUUGGAAAUAUCUUCUUCCCGGAUUUCUACCCUUUCCUGAGGAAUGGACACGUUCCAUGACAGAAAUGACGCUGGAUAAAAUACGGUUGUUACACGCUGAACUUUCGGACUUAUUGAGAUUAUUCAGUUUCGGUUUCGGACAAUUACUUUUAGGAUUUUUUGUAUUUAGUUAUUUUGAUAUGCUACUGAAAAUUUAUUAUUUUAUGUUUUUUGAUGAUACGAAUUCUGAAAAAUUCAUUUUUUCAAAUUUUCUAAGAAAAUUAUUACCUCAACUUCUCAACCUCAAAAACGUUAUAUUUGUUUUAGCUGUUAUCGUAGCUGCAUCUCGUGUUCACGAAAAAAAACAGAAGAUGAUUUCACAUUUACGAUUAAUAAGGAUAUCAAAUUUAUCGGCAAACCUAAAAAUUCAAGUUAAAUUGUUUAUGAACCAAAUAACAGUUUUUGAAUCCAGCGAAAUCACAGCUUUUGGAAUAUUCAGUAUAAACUUGAAUCUUGUUAUAUCAAUACUAAUAUUACUUAUCACUGGUAUAGUAACAUUAAUACAAAUGAAGAAUCAUUCAAUAAUUUUGCAAUCAAGACAACAUGUGGAGAAUUUUAUGAGUGGUAUUCAUAAUUUAACAUUCAACUAA